CUUCCGGUGGACAGAGACAAAAACAGGCGGCGGAGACAAGAGAGGAGCUCAGAGGACAAGGACAGUGUUCGUGUCUGUUCCGCUCAGGUCCAGGUCCAGGUCCCCGGGGCUCGCUCAUCGUGCAGGAGGGUGAGGACACCUGCAGCGGCACCGAGCCAUGGUGAAGAUCAGCUUCCAGCCUGUCGCAGGGCAGAAGGUGGAGAAGGAGAGCGAUGGCGACAAGACAGAGAUCCUGAUUCCUCAUCCGCUGGAUGAAGAUGAGCUGGUUCUGCCACUGCGCCCCAAGAAGUCGCCACUUAAUGGGCUUUGCUGCCUGACGUUUGGACUGGUGGUCUUUAUGGCUGGACUGGUUCUGGCCUCCAUCUACGUCUACCGCUACUACUUCAUACCUCACAUCCCAGAGGAGAACCUGUUUCACUGCAGGGUUCGAUAUGACGACGCGGCAUACGCCUCACUCCGUGGCCACCAGGAACUGGAGGAGAACGUUGGCAUCUACCUCGCUGACAACUACGAGAAGAUCAGUGUCCCUGUCCCCCACUUCAGAGGCAGCGACCCCGCUGAUAUCAUUCAUGAUUUCCAUAAG